AUCACGACAUGUGCCGCUAUUAACAGUCAGUGGACCGAAGCGAAGUAGUCAACUAACCACCGUUGUUUUCUUGGUCUUUUCCGAUUAGAUGGGGCUCGCGUACAAAUAAAUAGGCACAAUGCCUGCCUCUUCCAAUUGUCGUCUCUCAUAACUCUCCCAGGCUAGAGCUUCUCUUAGUGUUUACAACGCAUUUUCACGAAAAAUGCGUUUUACUCCGUCUCUCUCCUCCACGGCCAUGGUUGCCUUGAGUGCCAUGCAAUUGGCUGCAGGCGCGGUGUUCGAUUUUGAGUCCUGCCCGGCUGAUAUUCCCUUCAGUUGUCAGAACACGACCGCAGUGUCCGACUCUUGUUGCUUCAACUCUCCAGGAGGUGCACUUCUUUUGACCCAGUUUUGGGACACCGAUCCCCCAACUGGUCCCUCUGAUUCCUGGACCCUUCAUGGACUCUGGCCCGAUAACUGCGAUGGCAGCUACGGGCAAUUCUGCGACAAGUCGCGCGAGUAUUCGAACAUCACCUCCAUCCUUCAGGAUCAGGGCCGGACAGAACUUCUGUCCUACAUGCAGAAAUACUGGCCCAGCUAUGAGGGCGAUGAUGAAGAAUUCUGGGAGCAUGAGUGGAACAAGCACGAAAUAAUAAUAAAAGGAACCUGCAUCAACACGAUCGAACCAAGCUGCUACAAGGAUUACUCCCCGCAGAAGGAGGUAGGCGAUUAUCUGGAAAAGGCCGUGGAGCUUUUCAAGGGUCUGGAUAGCUACAAGGCCCUCGCCAUAGCUGGCAUCACUCCCGAUUCCUCCAAGACUUACAAACGGAGCGAGAUUGAGUCUGCGCUUGCUGAAGUCCAUGGUGGCCACAAGCCGUACAUCAGCUGCGAGAAAGGUGCACUGAACCAGAUCUGGUAUUUCUUUAAUAUCAAGGGCAAUGCUAUCACCGGCGAGUAUCAGCCAAUUGACCCUCUCGCGUCUCCUGGAUGUUCUUCCUCGGGUAUCAAGUACCUGCCGAAGUCGAAGAGCAAUAAUGCCUCCGCGCCAGCCUGGCGAUUCCGGAGAGAAAGGGCUAACCAAUCUGUUCGCUUGGGUUAAAACGAUCUACUCGAGAUGAAAGUGGUAUAGAUGAUGAAAACUAUAUGUCCUCCGGUCUGUUAGGUUGCACAAUGACAUGUUUACAUAUUAUGAUUAGGAUGGUUUGAUUCUGUAUGAGACUAUGUCACUGAUAGUGGUUAAUGUACAAGGUUGGUGCUUCUGUGGCGUACGAAUAAUCCCUCGUACUCGAAGUGAUGAAAGGGCCAUGAAGACCACGAGAAAUGGCACGACUAUCCUCUAAACUUGUAUCACUCCGAUAUGAUGAGUGGUGUCCAGAUAAGAUCGGACGACCGUACAAAUCGAAGGCGGC